AUUUUUGCUUCUCGUUCACCAAUUUCUAUAAUUUUGGUUGAAAUUUGUAAUGACCAAAAACGCGAGGAAAUUACUGAAUUGGAAAGACUAGCAACUGCGGGAACUAGACUAAACUACCAUGGAAGAAAACCUGAACGUGAUUGUACUCAAUAUGUCUCAAUAUCUUCUUGUCGUUUUGAGGAAAGUAAACCAAAUGAUCUUAAAGCGUUAAUUGCUGAAAGGGGUCUUUCAACAAUUGGACAACAAAUGUGUACUUGGAUGCUUAGAAAUGGCUACCAAAAAGUCCCUCCUACUGUUGAUAUGCAAAUGUUGGAUCCUAUACUAACCGAUGUUCCGGCGCAAAACAUCUCUCUCACCGUCCAAUCUAAUAGAAGUGGCGGGCCAUCAACAUCAACAAGUUCAAAUGCAACAACAAUCAGUAGACCGACUUCCUGGAAACGUUCGUUAUUCAAUCAGUUUUCCCUACGACAAUUUCGAAAAACAUCCAAACAACGAAACCAAAAUAACCAAAAACAGCUCAAUUCUGCGGGUAACAGAUCCACUUCUACCUGAUA